AACAUCUUCAACCUCGCCGUCUUCACCGGGAUGGGACUGACCGACAGUGUCACCCUGUCACUCUUCUUUCUGGCCGUUUCGGACUUCUGCUUCAUAAUAAUGAGCACCGUGAUCCGGUCUUUUGUUCUGAUCCAGCAGUUUCCCCAGAUUUCACCCAACACGAUUAACCUUAAAGACCUGGUCCUCGCCUGUUUCUGGUACAGCAUGGUCUUCUACGACACCUCCAUGUUGAUCCGAGUCUACACGGCCGUGGCUCGCGCAUGCUGCGUGGCCAUUCCGUUGACCUUCAAAAACGUGUUCACGAACAAGGCAGCUGUUGUAUCAGUGGGUGUAAUAUUCAUCGCCGUCCUCGUAAGCCGUGUUCCGAUGUUGGUGUCCCAGGGUUUUUACGGCGUCGUCGACAGAGCAACGAAUGUGACGAGGUUUUUGUUUUACACAACUCCCUUGAGGCCAACAGCUCAGGCGAUCAACGACAUCCUCAAUCGCAACAUCGUCACGUGGGGCGCGAUCUGCCUCGUUCUCGUCUCGCUCUUUGUUCUAAAGUACAAACUGGUCUCCGCGGCUAGGUUCAGAUAUCAAUUAAAAUCUGGCCAAGCUGAUGUCAAAGGAGUGCCAGAAUAUUCAUCGUGGCAGAAGUCCGACUUGCAAAAAUCAAGUGUUAUUAAAAGAGCUGUAAGAUUUUGGGCUAAGACUCGGAAGCUGAGCACAGAUAAUGACGUACGCUCCUUCAGUACAAAAAUGGAUGUCGUCCUCGGCAAAAGAGAUCUUCAGGUGGUCAAGGUCGUUCUGAUUGUUUCCGUUAUCUUCAUCGUCUGCACGUUGCCGUCAUCCAUCACGGCUGUGGCGAAGAGACUGGAGCCUGAGUUUAGUAUCGGCUUUCGUUAUAAAAAUGUGCUCAUUCUCCUCACGAACGUAUUCGAUACGUCUUCGUACAUCAACUGUAGCGUCAAUGUCUUAGUGUAUUAUCAUUUCAACAGCAAGUUCCGUAAUGUCGCCAGGAGACUUCUGGGCAGCGUUGCUAAACAUCCAUAA